UUUUUUUUCGCAUCGCACAAUCCAGCCCGAUUUUCUCCCCUCCCCCCAACCAACCAACAAACCACCAACAACCACCCUAUUAAUCUUAUUCACCAUGGUCAAAGAAAUCGACACCGCCGAAACAUUCAACGGGCUUAUUUCCUCUGGCAAGGUCAUUGUCGACUACCACGCUCAGUGGUGCGGACCCUGCAAGGUCAUUGGCCCCGUUUUCGAGGCUCAAUCCACAAAGUUCCCCGACAUCAACUUCGUCAAGGUUAAUGUUGACAACCUUGGGGACAUCAGCGCCAGCGCUGGUGUCCGAGCCAUGCCCACUUUCCAGACCUACAAGGACGGAGUCAAGAUCGGCGAGGUCUUGGGCGCCAACCAAAAGGCUCUGCUGGACUUGAUCCAGCAGCUCGCCGAUGCUUAAAUGCCCUGGCCUCUCCCUUUCCAAAUUUUGUGUUCAGCCUAGUCGUUGUCGUUUCCCAGGAUAAAAUAUCUUCUGGCUUUGAACCACCUUUGUUUUCAACAACGUGUUUUUUUCUUGUAAAUAAAAACAACCUGUCAAAAAGAAAA